AUGGCUCCGACCUCGUGGAGGCGCUAUAUCCCUUCAAGGGGAUGGCUCAUCUUCUUGGGCAUCACCUCCUCGAUUGCCUCCGCUGCCCUCUACGACAAGUACCAACUCAAGAUUGUCCGCGAAGAUCUCAAGAAGCGAGCCUCGCAGCUCGCAGCAAUGCCGAUGGAUACGCGAGAGACCCCCAGAAAGGUCCUCGUCUAUCUGGCGCCCUCUCAGUGGGCUACGUAUUCGUUCAAAGAGUUUGUCAAGCCCGUUUUCGAUGCCGCCGCCCUCGAUUACGAGAUCCUGGAGCCGUCCAAGCCCCAUAUUGUCCGAAAGGCCAUGCGCGAGCUCAUCUGGCGUGGCAAGGAAGAGCAGAUCGAGCGGGAGGAAAAGUACCGCCAAGCCGUUCUGGCUGCACCAAAGACGUGGUUUGGCGGCCGUAUCCCUGUGGAGCUGGAGGAGGAAGACAACCCUGUCUUGGCACACUCGUACCGCUACUCGUCCCGGCGGGCUUUGGUCGCUGUCGGCCCCGAGGCCUGGGGCGAGCUGCUGGCUGGCCUUGAGGAAGGAUCGCUGUCGACUCGUCCGCCGCCCAAAGAGCUCACCGAGACUGAGCUAGAGCCCGCGGAAACCGCUGCCGAUGCAAGUCUCUCCGAGGCCGACCGCAAGAAGAAGGAGACCGAGCGGCAACAAGAACGACAACGGCGGGAAGAGCAGGAAAGCUUGCAUCCCCAACUCGAGUUGGCACAGUCCAACCUGCCUCCCCAGUUUGCCUUCCCCAUCAUUUCGUUCGUCCCUGGCAAGAAUCUGACGGGUUUCAAGAACUUCCCCAUGCGCAUCGCCGGCUGGUUCAACCAGCGUGCGACGGCCAAGGAAGUUGGAGAGGAGGCUCUCAAGAUCGUCUUUGAGAAAACGAGAGCUUUUGACUCGGACCGGGAUUACUACUUGGGACACGAGCACCUUCCCCAGGACCAGUGGCCAUCGAAGCCCGAUCCUGUCAUUGCCGAGAGACUUUCGGUGUAUGCUUAG